AAUGAAAUAUACACAAUGUAACCUCCAAGUGCUUGUUGCUCUCCUUUACAUUUUCUGUCUUUAUUUUUCAAUAAAUCCAUAAUAGGAUUAUGGUAUCAGAGCCUUGGUUUCGAUCUUCGCUAUCUGAUAAUUAAUGUUGCUUCCGCAUUUUGUUUUUUUGUCCCUCAUAUACAUCUUCCCCAAUCCAUCAAAUCCCUAUUUUCAUCCCCAAAUUUCUCUGAUUCGAAAUGACUCGUACGAAGCAGGCUGCUCGCAAAUCCACCGGCGGCAAGGCACCGAGGAUGCAGCUCGCCACCAAGGCAGCUCCGGCGACCGGCGGAGUGAAGAAGCCCCAUCGCUACCGUCCCGAAACCGUCGCGCUCUGUGAGAUCCGCAAGUACCAGAAGAGCACGGAGCUUCUGAUCCGCAAGCUUCCUUUCCAGCGCCUGGUUCGGGAAUCCUAUAUCCGGCCCGAUUUCAUCUGUCCUUCUUUGGAUCUGGUGGCUGCCUGAUGAUGCAAGCAUCUUCUUCAGUCUGGCUUCGACGUCUCUGGCGCUGACUUCUCGUGGUCGGAAAUUCAGAGCAAGCAUCCGAAUCUUCUGAUUUUGGGAACAUCGACGACUGGGUUUUGCUCCUCACAUCAUCUACAUCAGUAUCUUCAGUGGAUUUGGUAACCUCUUCCCAUCUUGGCAUCUCUACUUCUUGAAUCAUGCGAUUAUGUCUCUGAUUUCAUUUGUCAUGCCACUCUCAUCAGUUUACCAUUUUUAUUUUUGUUAUCAAGUUUGUUUGCCGUCACCCGAAGAAGAAGGGGACGAAGCAUUUUUUAAAAUUUUCAAGUCUUGUUUUUGGUCUGGUGAGAUUGGUUUGAUAAGUCAGAUUAUGGAUGGGUUGUGUGAUUCAAGUGAGCAGUUUGUGACUAAAUUUGGUGGAGUUGUUAUGGGGUUCUCUGAUAUUAUUGUUGUGUUGUUGUUGCAAUGGAUGAUUUGAGUUGAUAUUUCUAUGCAAAUCUGCAACUUUCGGCCUUGAUUGAUCAUGUUUGGGAAAAUAUAUAUAUAUAUAUAUAUAUAUAGAAGCUUUGAAUAUCAAUGUUGGUAAUUUGGGCAGCAAGUUUCUUUGGAGGAUGAGAAUAGAAGUUGAGAGUUGAGUUGAUGGGAAGUUUGGAUUCAAAGUUUAUGCAGGAGUUUGUGGAUGGCUUGAGAGCAUAUUUCUUUGAUUUUUCAGAUAUUUAGAGUUCUAGUGUUCAGCAAGUAUGCAAUGUUAUGUCAGCAAUAUGCAAUUUUCAGUUUCAUGAUGCACUGGUAUUAAGAUUCUGCUGCCUCAAUGCUAUGCCCUUAAUUUGCUGCGUCCAUCACAGUCUUGCCCUCAUGUUUUAGGAGAAGCUCUCGUUGCUAUAAGGAUGUUGGGAUAUUGAAUUGGGAUGUUAUCUUUGUAAUUGUUUUCUUCAUGUAAAAUUGGCUACGAUUGUGUUACUUGAGUAGUUUGUACCAACCAUAAUGCUUGAGUAGCAUAUGGUUGAGGAGGGGUAUUAAGAGUGUAAUAGGUUUUAGAAUUGUGUAAGGGCACUAUAGUCUUUCUACUUCAGAGCCCUAUCUAGGCCUAUAUAUACAUCUUGUAACCUCAUUCUUCAUCAAUGAAAUAUACACAAUGUAGCCUCC